AUGGAUUUUAAAAUGAAGUCAAGUAGCGAUAGCGUUAAAGAUGUCAUGAUGAAGCAGCUCAGAGAACAAGCCGCAGUAUCUAGCGGAAAACAGCUAAUCGAGAAAGUAAACGAGAAUUGCUUCGAAAAAUGUAUUCCGAAACCUGGCAGCGUGCUUUCGAAUGGCGAAACAUCGUGUCUCACUCAAUGUAUGGAAAAAUAUAUGAUGAUGUGGAGUGUUAUACAUCGGCAAUAUACUCAUCGGAUAUCAGUCGAGAUGAGCAAAAGUGGUGCAAUGGGUACACAGCAAACUUAA